AAAGCUGCGGGUCAGGAAACUACUCCUUCCAAAUCCCUAUCAGCAAGUUCGUCCCCACCAACAUGCGUGUCACUGUCCAGAUGAAUACUACAGAGCUGCUGGUUGUCCACCUGUGUCAUAAUGAUGAGACGUUUAAAUGCUCUGCCUUGAUGGACCAUGAUCAAACCAACGAAGAAUACAAUUUCAUGAAUACACAGGGCUACGUCCAUGAAUGGCCUCUGCCAGUGUCUCGAUUCUACAGGAGCUCCUACCACUUCCGCUCAGCAGUGGCUGGACAGGCAGACUGCAAUACCGACCGUGGCUUCAUGGGGGCGCUGUUCACAGACUACCACUUCAACUUCUACCGGAGGUGUGAGUGAGGAAGAAGACCUCGUACUGUAGUUCCUCUGGCAGGCCAAUGACAUGGGUGUCGAUGCUUCUCUUCGUGAUGUAUGGCAACCGGAAUAAUUCAUCCACUUUGUAUUGUUUUUCUAUGAAAUGUCCUGAUUGUUGAUGAGAUCGUUGUAUAUAAUCUCUUUUACAAGGACUGUAAUAAGAGAAUAUUUAUUGAUACAGAAUUACAGUAGAUAAGAGUCAUAUGAGUCACUUUGCCUUGUGACAGUUCUUGCACUAUGUGAAAAGAGAUUGAAUUGGAACAGACCUGAACAGGAUCAUUUUGUUUUCAGUGGAAUGUAAAUGCAGUAUAACAGGUUAUUGAUUGUUCAUUAAACUAUACAUUGAUCAUGUCACACUGUUGGAACACAGGAGGACAGGAUGAGUCCCAAAGUAAAAUAGUACUUCUAUCUCAUACUUGACUGUGUAGGUAGCUAUUACAUUUAUUUCAGAAAGUACUUGUGUUGAAUUCUGUGUUACUGCAUCAUUCCCUGUAAUUACCAGGUAGAUACCAUUGGAAACUG